AUGAUAAGAAACAAGGGAAUUCCAAGAGAAAAGAUAGCAUUUCGAAGAGGAAAGGGGAAGAAUGAUGAAUCCUCGAAUGCCGGAAGUGAAGCAGAAGCUCGUGAGGCCAGAGCAGCUUCUCGCGAAGAAAGGGCUCGUGAGGUAGAGGCUCGUGAAGCAGAGAAUCGUGCAGCAAUGACUCGUGAAGCAAGAGCACAUGCUCGUGAAGCAAGGGCUUCAGAGGCGAGCGAAGUAGAGAAUCAUGAAGAAAGGACUCGUGAAGUAGAUGAGACUUGUGAAGUAGAGGCAAGAGACGAAAGGGCUCAUGAAGCUAGGCUUCGUGAAGCUAAGGCUCGAGCAGAGGCUUGUAGAGAAGAGACCGUUGAAGAAGAUGAUGUAAGUGAAGACGAUUGUUCUGUUGUUGGUGAUGAUGAUUGUGAUGGUAUUGAAGAUGGCGCUGAUGAAGAGGAUGAAGAUGACCAAGAACAUGAUGAGGAAGAGGAAGAUGUAGAAGAUGAGAUUGAUGAAGAAAACGUGGAUGAAGAAGCUGCGAGAGAUGAAGGAGAUGAAAGUGAUGCUGACAGUGGAGAUGAUGUAUGGGACAAUGAGAAGAUUCCCGAUCCUUUGUCUUCUGAUGAUGAUGAAGAUGAGGAAGAGCAAAUUAGUAGCGACCAUGAAGAUCCGGACAAACUAUUAGCUUUGGGAAAAACAUUUAACUCUGCAGAAGAUUUCAAACUUGCUGUUCUGAGGUAUUCUCUAAAAACCAGAUACGGCAUAAAGCUUUACAGGUCGCAAGCAAUGAGGAUUGGUGCUAAGUGUUCAGAUACUGAUGUUCCUUGUGGCUGGAGGAUUUAUUGUUUUUAUGAGAAGAGAAAACAUAAGAUGCAAGUGAAAAUUUAUAUCAAUGAGCAUACCUGUGUCAGAUCGGGUUAUUCGAAGAUGCUGAAGCGAUCGACGAUAGCAUGGCUCUUUGUAGAAAGGUUGAGACUGAAUCCCAAACUGACAAAGCAAGAGAUAGCUUCAGAGAUUUUGAGAGAAUACAAUCUGGUUGUAAGCGAUGAGCAAUGUGGUAAGGCGAAGACAAAGGUUGUGAGAGAAAGGAAAGCAAGUCAUGAAGCUCAUUUUGCUCGGAUUUGGGAUUAUCAAGCUGAGGUACUCCAAACUAACAAAGGCACCAAAUUUGAGAUUGAGACAAUCUCUGGACCGACUGUUGGAAGCAAACAAAGGUUCUAUCGUCUUUUUAUUUGUUUCAAUUCACAAAGAGAAUUUUGGAAGCAAACAUGUCGACCCAUCAUAGGUUUAGAUGGCGCUUUUCUUAAGUUGGACAUUAAGGGUCAUCUUUUAGCUGCAGUAGGUAGGGAUGAAGACAAUAGGAUAGUUCCUAUUGCAUGGGCAGUAGUUGAGAUUGAAAGCGACGAUAACUGGGACUGGUUUGUCAAACGUCUCUCUAAUACUUUGGGUCUCGAUGAUGGAAGAAAUGUAGCAAUAAUUUCAGAUAAACAGAAAGGUUUAGUUAAAGCGAUUCACAACGUGCUACCAAGCGCUGAGGGUAGAACCUAA